UUUGGGCAAACAAGCACUUGUCCAAAAUUCAGAAUUUCUGUCAAACCUGUUCAAUAGUUUAGCACGAAAAAAUUGAAAUGAUAAAAGAAUUGAAAUUGGAAAGUGUGUGAUUGGAUUGCAUCAGCGUUGUGAAAUAGUUGCAAUGAAGAAACUCAAACAAGUGUUUAUGUUCGCCAUGAUCGUCGAACUUAUUUUGGGUGUGUGCAUUGUAAAAGGAGAAUCAGUUGAGCACACAAAGAUCACACAUCGAAAUAGUCUGAAUACCGAUUUAAACCACUUGGCAGUUGAUCGUGAAACAGGAAACGUAUAUGUUGGCGGUCGCAAUAAGCUCUUUCAACUGACGUCAGACUUAAAGAAUAUAACAGAAGCCGAGAUUGGUCCUCGAAAUUCGUUCGACAAUUGUAAUUUAUUCGAUUAUUUUUCGUUAGAAUGUCAACAGGCCAAACGUAUCGAUAAUAUGAACAAGGUUUUGUUGAUUGACUACAAUAUAAGACGACUUAUCACUUGUAACACGGUGCCCCAAGGAGCGUGCUCGACAAGAAGUUUACAAAAUAUUUCACUCCCAGAAGAAAAUAUUACAGAAUUUGUUAUUGCUAAAACUGAAAAUCAGUCAACUGUAGCAUUUCUUGCACCGAAUUUUUCCGCAUCCACCCCAACAAAUGCGAUGUAUGUCGGAGUUUCAGCUGUUUUAAAUUCUUACAAUCAAAUUGAUGUUCCGGCAAUUUCGACCCAUCGUUUGGAAAAAAACAGUAUGUUUCACAUUUUAUCUGUGAACAUAAACACCGGCACAUUGAUACAAAUCCGCCCAGAUGUGCCACUAUAUACAAUUCGAUAUGUGUACGGUUUUAGUUCCCAAGGUUUUUCAUAUUUCUUAACGACUCAAUUGAAACACAGCUCACCGAAUGACACAAAUGAAUACAUAACGAAGUUAGUUCGCGUGUGCCAAAAUGACCCAUAUUAUUACUCGUACACUGAAGUUCCAGUCGACUGCGUGAGCGAAGGUCAAUCGGUCAAAUACAAUUUGGUUCAAGCCGCAUUCUUGGGCAAAUCUGGGGAGGAUUUAGCGAUUGAUCUAAGAAUCAAUACCACCGACGAUAUUCACCUUCUCAGUGAUGGUGGUGAACAGGCAAUCGUUUCUGUACCACUGGCAACAUUUGAAGAGCAGGUAACGGCUAUUGCUGUCACACAAUUCAAUAGAAAUACUUUAGUGUUGAUUGGCACUAUGGAUGGCCGUAUAAAAAAGCUGUCUAUAGAAUCAGGAUCGGCGAAAAUCGAAAAGGCUGACAUAAAAGUGUUUGAAAACUCCCCAAUCAAUUCAAUGCAAUUUGAUGUAGAUGAAUUAAGCCUCUAUGUGAUGUCAAAGAAGCAAGUUGUUAAGGUUAAGGUGUACGAUAAUUGUACAGUUUUCGCUAAAUGUGACGAAUGUGUGGAUGCAAAAAACCUCUAUUGCGGCUGGUGCCCGCAUGUGAAUCGAUGCACUUUGGAAUCCAACUGUCUUGAUGAAAACUAUAGCUCUGUUUCGUGGAAAAACUACUAUUGGCACCAAAAUGGAUCGUCAAUUCAAGAAAUAUGCACUUCUCCAGCCUUAACACCGAAUCUAACCAACUUCAUUUUCUAUCCACCCAUCGUGCCAUACGAUAGUAAAUCUCUCAUAAAAAUUAUUACAAAACCGUUUAUCAACGAUUUUUCAAUGUGGUACGUUAAAGUGAAAAUUGUUGGUGUUAAAUGUGCGGCGAACGACAUAAUUCUACAUACAGUGCCCAUCGAGUGUGUAUUACGAUUCUCUAAAAUACGCCAAGGGAAAAUUCUCAUUCAACAAUUCGGGAAAGCUGUGAUAUCAACAAAAAAUUUCCAAAUUGUUAAUCCGACAAUCGAUAAUUUUGAGCCAAAAUACGGUCCUAUAUCAGGUGGUACGCUGAUAACAAUUACUGGCCAACACUUGAGUGCUGGUAGAAAGAUCUAUGCAUAUAUGGGUGAUUCGCAUUGUUAUAUUCAGUCCAAUGAAGAAAAUCGAACGGUUUGCCAAAAUACACAACCAAAAGAUAUACGGUCUGGCAAACUACGAAUGACAUUCGAUAGUGCCACUCGCGAAUAUGAUGGACAAAAUUUUCAAUUCGGAGAUGAUCCAACAAUAAUUUCAGUUGUAUCAUCCAAACUGAGUCAUGGGGCGCCAAGAUGUAUUCCGGCAGGUGGUUUGAAUAUUAUUGUACACGGAACAAGUUUAAAAAUCAUACAAAAGCCAGAAUUGUAUAUUCAUUACGGCAAUAGAAACUUUUACUCCGAAUGCAAUGCAACAAAUAAUACGGUAAUGAGUUGUAUUUCACCUAUCAUCGGUGCUGACAAUGAAAAAUUAGACCCCGACAAUCCAACAAAAUUGGAAUUCGGAUUCAUGAUGGAUCGUGUAAUGAGUGUACGAGAUCUCUCUACCAAGGGCUAUCCAAAAUUUGAGCUCUAUCCAGAUCCAACGUAUGAUACGUUCCCGGAGUUGGUGAAAUAUAUUGAAAAUCAACAACAACUGGCGAUCACAGGAAAAAACUUGAAUCUCACCUGCGAAAUAAACGAUGUACGUGUCAUGGUUGGUGAAGAUCUUUGUAAUAUUACAUCACUUUCGCGGAGUUUACUUGAAUGCCAACCACCACAAUUGAUUGCGAAAAAUGAAUUUCUCAAGGUCACAGUGCAAGUUGGUCGCGCCCUUAAAUUUAAUAUUGGCGUUGUAAGCUAUGACGUACCAGUCAAUCAAUCUCUAAAUAGUUCGUACAGACAGUUUUCAUUAUGA